AUGGAUAACCUGAAACAAUUCUACGCAAUGGGUUCGGAUGAUAACAAUUGGAGAACACAAAGUGUAAGACAGACCGUAGUGUCGAAGAUUGAGAAAGUGAUUCAAAGGUAUUAUAGGUCAGGCAUGCAAGUAGCUCGCGACAGUAGUGAAAUGGAGAACCAUGUAUUCAUGAAGGCAAAGACCAGAGAAGAAUAUAUGAAUAUGGUUGCAAAAUUAAUAAUACAUAUAAGAGAAAUGUCACAACCAAAACAAAAUCAAGGGGCACCAAACAUGCAACAAAACCAAAAUCAACCAGGACCUAACUCUCAAGUACAGAAUCAACCUGGACAGCCACAACAAGGACCUAGUAACCAACCUGGUAUGGCAACUGAUCCUAUAAAUACAUUACAAAACAUGGCAUCUCAGGGUACAAGAAACCAAAUGAUGAAUAUGGGCCCAGGGCAGAUGCAGCAAGGGGUCUUAGGUCCUAACCUUGGCAUGGGUGGAAUGCAAGGUCAAAUGAAUCAACAAGGCCCGAUUGUAUCUCAAGGUCAAGCUCAAACAGCCACAAAUUUGCUUCAAACCCUGAAUCAGCGCCCACAGAUAAACAUGCAAUUGCAAAAUAAGCUUGGUGGUUCUAUUGGGAUGGUGCCAAACCAUGGUCAGAUGGGUUCAAACAUGGUUAGUGGUAUGGGCAUGGGCAAUAUGGUCAGUCAGCUACAGAACCAAUUGUCAGCUCCUGGAAUUCCGAUGAUACCAACAAUGUCCAUGUCAAACACCAUGCAAGUUCCCAUGACAGGAGCCAAUACUAUGGUAGGACAGAUGCAGUGUAAUCAAGGUGUUGGUGGAAUGGGAGGGCAAUUGUCACCAAAUAAUAUGCAAGGGCAGAUGCCUAAUCAAAUGGUCGGUAAUAUGGGGAAUAACCAGUUAGUAAACAUCAAUAUGCUCCAACAAAUGCACCGGGGCAAUAAGGAGGUUGUGAUGGGUGCAGGGUAUGCCCCACGACCAACGCACAAUCAGUUCCUAAGGCAGAGCCCUUCGCCAUUUGCCUCGUCACCUAAUAUGCCUGGUCCAAGCCCUGUCUCAAUGGGUACUUAUCAGAGAUUAUAU